AUGUCAGAACAAGAGAUUGCAGAUGAAUCUCAAAGAGUAACAGAUCAGGUAACUCUUUUAUCAACUCAAUUAAUGGAGAGUAUUUCAAAACAAUCACAACUAGAAGAUAAAUUGAAUCAAGCUAACAAGAAACUAGCUGCUCAAAAACUGACUAUCGAAAAGAAUUCUCAAAUCAAAGCCACUGGUUCUGCUUUACAAAAGAAUGCAAAUGACCUAGAAUCUCAAUUGAAAAUAGCGAAUGCUGAAUUAGUCAAAGAAAGACAAUUAAGGGAGAAAGCUGAAGGAGAAUGUACUGCACUUAAUAAAGAAGUCGAAGAUUUGACAGCAUCACUUUUCGAUGAAGCUAAUCAUAUGGUGGCAGAUGCAAGAAAGGAAAAAGCUGCCGUUGAAUUAAGAAAUACUAAGCUAAUGGAACAAUUAAAAGAAAAGGAUACCGUAUUAGAAACACUUGAAUUACAAUUGAAAAAUUUGAAAAAAGUAUUACAAGAAUUCCAAGAUGAAGAUUCGAAUAACAAAAGAAACUCAAUGCUUAGCGAAGUAACAAUUCAUUCUGGUAGUUCUCAAAGAGCCGGAUCACCAACCAUUAUCUCAACCACAAACUCUGAAUCUUUUGCAAAUAUUAUUUAUUCUCCAAAUAUAUCAGAUAUUAGAUAUGAUCUACCUUUAUAUGGUGAAUUUCUAAAGUUUGUUGCAGUUCUACCGUUCGUUAAAAAUAUUAAACAAACAACAAAUGACUCGAAAUUAUUAAGAAGAUUAGUUAAUGAUGAGAUUCAACCAGUACUAAGAUUAGAUAAUGCAGACGGUUUAGGAUGGGUAGUAAAACGAACAUUAUUAACUCAAAUGAUGGAGGGUCUGGUCAUGGUGGAACCAUUAAGUGGAGUUAAUGAAUUAUAUACACACAGUCGUAAUAGGCGAUCUGCUACAUCUAACAACACUACUGGAUCUACCAGGGACAUAUCCGGAAAAGACACAAAUGGCUCUUCAAACCAAAAGAACUCUCACCUGUUCAAUUUUCCAACCAAUUCUCCUCCUGUUGCAGUACACGAACCUUGCGCUUUUUGUAAUGAAAAGAGAGAUGAUUCUGUGCAGCAUGCAAGAAUUCAUCUUUUAAAAACUCAAUCUAGGUCUGAAACAGGUAAGAUUACAGUUACAAAUCAAUUCCCCUUAUGCCAAAGCUGUGUAUUGAAAGUAAGGCAAACAGGUGAAAUCUUUGCAUUCUUAAGAUCUUUAGCAUUAGGGACUUGGAAAUUGGAAAAAAUAGCUAUUGCUAAUUUAUCAAAAUCUGAUCCAACAAAAAUUAAAGGCUCUCCUGCUUCACCAACUAAAGAUAAAGAAAAGGAAAAGAAAAAAGCUAAAAGAAAAAGUUUUAUUAAAGGAUUAAAUAUGGCUCAGACAGCUUCUGUUUUAAAUCCUGCUACUUCUAAUCCUUUCUUCCAACAAACGCAAACGAAUCCGGUUGGUGAUACUUCAUUAACAGAUGUAGAUACGUUUGGCCAACCAACAACAAAUAUCCAACGCGCCUGGCUACAGUUAUGCAAAUUACGUUGUAUGUUACAUUGGUCGCAUAUGGGAAUCUGGUCCUUAGAUGAUUCUAUAGAAGCUAAAUUUGCUCCAUUAUCUAUAUCUGAAAGUAAUAUUAAGGAUUUGGAUCAAAAUACAGACAAUUUCACUUCAUCUCAACUACCCUCAACAUCCCCAUCUAAUAAUAAUAUCAAUUCUACCAAUACUUUAAUGCAUCGCGAUACACAAAUAUUGAAAAAUCACAUUGACACUACUGAUCAGGAAUCAUUUUCUUUAAAGCAAGAAACCGAUGAUGCAUUUGAUUUUGAAAAUAAUAGUAUUGAUACUAAAUUAGAAAAACUAAAUUCUACAAGCAAUAACAGUUUUAAAUCCCCAUUAGAAAAGGAGCUUAAAAACUUACAGGAAGAUUUAAGACCGAGUGAUAAACACAUUAAUUCUAAUGGAAUACCUGCAACAAACACUCAACAUGUGUCAUCGAACGUCCAAAAUAGAAAUAGCACCGCCAGUGCUGAAAACCCGACUAUGUUAGAAGAUGAACAAGAAAGUGAAUCCAGUAUAGCAGCUAAUGAUGAUACCUUAACUAAGUCAAUCACACCUGUGGAUGAUCAAAAUAUAGAACACGAAUCUACUAUAUCUUCAGAUAGAGAGGAUACAUCGGCUACAAAUAGUACUGGUAUAAUAAACAGUGUCAACGGCGAAACUAAUGAACCAUCAACGCAGCUGACCUCAGAUAACGACAACCAAAAUGAUGACAUACUAGACAGUUAUAUUGAUGACAUGAACGAUGAUGAAGAAGUUAUCCCCACAAGUGAGAGAAUUGAAAAUAAACCAAUAGACGAGGAAUCUUCCAGAAGUACGGUAACUUGA